UACAACGCCAAGGAAUAAAGAACGACCCUUUUCUUAGAAUUUCAGUAAUUUCUUUGUUACUGUAGCUUGGAUGCUUAACAAUCGAACACUGAGGCACUAUAAGCAUGGGAACUUGUUGCAGCGCCUCGGCAAACAACCGCGUCGACUUGACCCACGUGGAUCUUCAGGAGACGUUCGAGCGCUACAUUUGGAAGGUGCUCUGUCCGAUCAAAAUCGGUAAAUGUCGGGCGGCGUUUCUUCGACACAGCCACUACAACGUGGAGAUAAAAUGGGAGUAUUUGGAUCAGACAUCUGAGACGUCCUUCCCGGGGGGGGCGCCCGUCCCGGAGGAGAUACCCGUGGUGCUGCACCACGCAGCUUUCGACAACACUUCAGGCAAGGAGCAAAAAUUCAUCUUCAGCACCAUCAAAGAAACCAAAGCGGUGUCCACGUUUACCUUCUCCGAAGUGUUCUCCAUUGGUACGAAAUAUUCCAUCGGUGUCAACAUCCCCAGCGGUCCUGUUUUGGGAGCUGAGAUCACUGGGAGCUACUCUAUUACCAAGGGUAGAUCUGAGACCUUCGAGAACAAAAUCCAGUGGGACAUGCAUUCUGAGAUUACAGUGGAGGACAAAACGAGCGCCGAGGCGGUGAUGCAGGUGCACGAAGAGAUCACGUCCCAACCUAUAGUGGUGACUACGAAAUUCUUCUUCGCGAUGAAGGACGACCAGAGAUUGCCAUUCGUCGUGAGACACAAACGGACGGGACAGAUUUUCUUUGUUGGCGACAUCCAGGUUCUGAAAGCGCCGCUAGAGUACUACUACGAACAGCGCGUCAAAAAUGGCGUCAUGCCGCCCAUGUUGUCAUUUAACGAAGAUCCCGAAAAGGUCAAAGGUACUUCGAAGAAGGUGAAGGACAAUCGACUUGAUGACAUCAUCAUUAUCAGGACAUCGGGUCUGAGUAAAACCACGGCGUGGAAGAAUCAUCAUAUUACGGUGAACAAAACCUCCGACAAGAACAAAAAUGAAAAUGUUGUCUCUCCUGAUCAAAAUGGCGCUGAGGACGGACAAUGACCCUGACAUUAGUCUAAAGAAUCAUCAGUAUUUUGAAUAGGCCAAACUGUUCAUCUAGACAUCUAUCGAACUACAAAACAUUAUAAUUAUAACAGAUGUCAUUUGUUUUAAACAAUAAUUAAUAUUUGAACCAGCCAAACUAUUCAUCUAGAAAUUUACCUACUUCAAAACAUAAUUAUAACAGAUGCCAAUUGUUUUAAACUAUAAUCAGAAUUUAAAUCAACAACACUAUUCAUCUAGGCAUUUACUUCAGAACAUUUUAGUACAAUUGACAUUUAUUUAAACUAUAAUCAGUAUUUGAAUCAAUCGAACUACUAGUAUUCAUCUAGACGUAUACUUCAUAAUAUAAUAUUUUUACAAUUGUCACUUAUAUUACACUGUAUUUGAAUCAGUAAAACUAUUCAUUUAAACAUUUAGACAUUUACUUCAGAACAUUUUAUUACCAUUGUCAACUAUUUUAAACUUUAAUCGGUAUUUGAAACAAACUAUUCAUCUAAGCAUUGCUUCAGGCAAUUAUGUUAUUAUUGUUAUUUAUUUUAAACUAUAACAGGUAUUUGAAUCAGUCAAACUAUUGAUUUAAGCUUUACUUUAGAACAUCAUGAAAACAGAUGUAUAGAAGGAAAAUUAGUUUUUUCAUUAAGCAUUUACCUUUUUUUUUUUUUUUUAUCUGCUAUUCCAAAAACGUUAUAAUGUUAAUGUUGCACAUAUUUGCGCGCCUAACAAUAUAUAUAGUAACCAUAAAAUAAUUUACUACAUUUUACGUUCUGAAACACAAAUUGGAGAAAAUAUCACGUGUUCUACACCCCGUGAUCAUGUAUGUAGCUUUUAAUGGUGAAACGAAGUCUGUGAAUAAUCGUUGAACACGUUUUAAGUCGUGUUCUGUUGUGUUCUGUCUUGUUCACUAUGCUGUUUUAAGGUGGUUCACAUGGACACGACAGACAUAAAUCAGUAUAAUGUGUAACCAGAACAUCUCUGUGUUUGUGUGUGUGCAGACAUUGUGUAAUCAUGAUUUAACAUUCAACACGCAUGGACUUGUAUAGUUUUCAUUUUCCAUAUCAUGUGCCUCGUACUGCAAUAAAACAUGGGCUUUCAUA